AUGAUUUCAAUACUUUAUCUUUUUUUUCUUAUAUCAUUUGUCAAAACAUCUGAUUAUUCAUUAAUAAUCAAUGAAAAAUCUUCAAUAGAUAAACCUAUUUUUAAUUUUCCACAUUCAUAUGAAUUAAUAAAUAAUUUUCAAUCAAAUUUUAAUUUAACAAAUAAUAAUACAAAAUUAAUUUUAACAAAAUAUAUUGAUCGUGAUGAUUGGUGUAGACAAAAUAUUUGUUCAUGUGAUUAUUGUUCAUUUAUACUUGAAUUAUUUUCUAAUCAUAAUCAAAUACCAAAAUUUUCAACAAUUAAUAUAACAAUUAAUGAUAUUAAUGAUCAUACAUGUCAAUUUUUUGAUAUACAAACAAAUAUUUUAUUAUCAGAAUCAAUUCAAAUUGGUCAUCGAUUUCCAAUAACACGUGCUAUUGAUUAUGAUUCAGGAAUGAAUGGAGAAUUAUCAUUUAAACUUCUUAAUAAUGAAGAUUAUUUUCAAUUAGAUAUAAUAAUAUUAUCAAUAAAUGAAUAUGCGAUAUAUGGUAUUGUUAAACAAUCACUUGAUAGAGAAAUAAAUGAAAAAUAUGAAUUAAUUAUUGAAGCACGUGAUCAUGGAUUUCCACAAGAAAGAAUUAAUCGAACAAAAAUUACAAUUGAACUUUUAGAUGAAAAUGAUAAUGCACCGAAAUUUAAUCAAAAUGAAUAUUCGAUUCAAUCUCUUCCGGAAAAUACUCCUAUUGGUACUGAAUUAUUAACAAUAUCAGCAAGUGAUGCUGAUAAAGGUUUAAAUUGUUUAAUACAUUAUUCAAUAAUUAAUCCUCCAAGUUCAUCAUUAUUUCCAUUUAAAAUAAAUUCAACAACAGGUGUUAUUAGUCUUCAUUCAUCAUUAGAUUAUGAAACAACACGUUUCUAUAGAUUUUUAAUUCGUGCAUCAGAUUCUGGUUUAGUACAAUCAUUAUUUACUGAUACAUGGCUUUCAAUAUCAAUAAAAGAUAUAAAUGAUUGUCCAGUUGAAAUACUUUUUUUACCAAAUCGACGUUUUCAAUAUAAUAAUCAAAUAUUAUUUAUCAAUGAAAAUACAGAAAUCAAUAAUUUAACAUUAGGUUAUAUACGUUUAUUUGAUCGUGAUUCAAUUCAAACAAAACUUUCAAUAUCAUUAAUAAUAUUAGAUAAAGAAUCAAAACAAGAAUAUGAAAUAAUUCUAUCAAAUCAAUUAAAUUCUUAUAUACUUAUUGUUAAACAAGGAAUAUAUGAUAGAGAAAUUCAAACAGAAAUAAAUCUACGUUUUAUAGCCACUGAUACUUUAUUAACAUCAAUUUAUGAUUUAAAAAUUCAUUUAAUUGAUUUAAAUGAUAAUCCAAGUGAAUUUUUAUCAAAUCCAUUAAAAUUUUAUGUUGAAGAAUUAGCAAAUUAUCAUAUGGUUAAACAACCAAUUGAAGAUUAUCAAUUAACAAUUGGUUAUCUCAAUGCUAUUGAUCGUGAUGAAGGAGAAAAUGCAUUAAAUAAAUAUGAAUUAGAAUCGAAUUCAUUUGUUCGAAUUGAUUCUAAUACAGGACGAUUAUAUUUAAUUCAACCAUUAGAUCGAGAACAAAUAGAAAAUAUUCAAUUAAUAGCUAAAGCAAUUAAUAUUGCUGAACCAAAAUGGGUUACAGAUGUUCAAAUUCAAAUUCAAGUUUUGGAUGUAAAUGAUAAUAUUCCUCGAUGUUUAACUAAUUACAAUCGAAUAUUAAUUCCAGAAAAUUUUCCUAUUGAUAAACCUAUAAUAAAAAUUAAUGCUAGUGAUUCUGAUAAUGGUAUAAAUGGUACAAUAAAUUAUAAAUUUCGAACAAAUUCAACAUGGUUAUUUGAUAUAAAUAACCUAACUGGUGAAAUAUAUUCAAAAGAAUUAUUUGAUUAUGAAUCUGAAUAUAAAAAUUUUCUAUUAAUAAUUGAUCUUGAGGAUAAUGGAUAUCCAAUAAAAAAUCAAAAUAAAAAUUCAUGUCAAAUAGAAAUUUUUCUUGAAGAUAUAAAUGAUAAUUAUCCUGAAUUAAUUAAUCAUGAACAAACAAAAAUAUUUAUUGAUAUAAAUAAAUCAUAUGAAAAUGAAAUUCUUUUAUUAAAUGUAACAGAUAAAGAUUCAGAAUUAAAUGGAAAAAUAAAAUAUAAUUUACAAUCAAUUGAAUCAAAUAUUAAUUUAAAUAAUAAUCAAACAUUAUUUUAUUUAAAUCAAUAUGGAAAUUUAUUUAUAACAUAUAAAAUAAAUCAAAUAUGUUUAUUUAAAUUAAAAAUUUUACUUGAAGAUUAUGGUUAUCCAUCUAAACAAACAUUAAUUGAAAUAAAUAUUGCAUUUGGAAAUUCAUUUGAUUCACAAUAUUCAUCAUUUGAUAAAAUUGAAAAAUUUUUUCAUAAUAAAUCUUCAUCAACAAAUUAUUUUGCAUUUAUAUUUGGUUUAACUGUUUUAAUAAUAACAUUUUUAUUUUUAAUAUCAAUUAUGAUUAUUUCUAUAUUUAUAAGACAACAACAUCAACGACAUAAAGCAAGUAUUAUAUCACGAAAUAAACUUUUAUGUUCAUCAUCACAACAAUUAACAACAUCAGAUUCAACUGUUGCAUCUAAUAUAACAUCAUCAUCUAUUGAACAUCAACAAGUUAUUCGACCACCAUGUUCAAAUGAAAAAUCUUUUAUUACUGAACGUUUAUCAAUUAAUUGUUCGUCACCAGAAUCUCAUACAUAUAAAAUUCUUCAUGUACCUAUAGAUUUACAUUGUAAUGAAAAAGAAAAAAUUGAUAAUAUUAGUUGUGAUCAUGGUUAUCAUGAAAGUUAUCAAACAGGUUCAUCAUCACCAUCAUCACCUGAACAAUAUUCAUCAGAAAACUCAAUUCGUCGAGAUUAUAUGUUUAAUCAGUUACCAUAUUUUGUAACAAAAUGUAAAAGUCUUAGUGAAGGAUUUAUUGUCGAAAUGAAUGUCGAUGGAAGUGAUGAAGAUACAAGAUAA